CUGUAUAUGAGGAUCUAUCCUUUCGAACUCGCCAGGGAGUGCAAUUUCUGAUUGUUGCCGGCAUUGCAACAUCGUGCUCGACAACCGCCUCACGAUGGAUGCCAAUGGCACACCUAAUGCACCGAACACGCGAGCUCAACCUUCAAUCCGUUCGUUCUUUCAACCUCGACCACAACCCAGUUACACGGCACCACCAAGUCUUCCCGUGUCCGAACCUGCAACCACACUAUCUGGUUCUGUACCCUCCAACAAUUCCUCAGACUCGAACUCAAAAUCUGCAAGAGCACCUAAGUCAACUCUCCCAAGACAAGCUUCCAUCUCUCUCAUCUCUCAGUCCCACGUACAACCUCUCCGUCGCAUCAACUCUCUCCUUCUUCCUAUCCACUAUCCCGAUUCUUUUUACCACAAGAUACUCUCUCCCGACCCACCUAUAAGUUUCUCCCGUGUCAUCUCAUGGACAGACACCGAUACAAAAGUAAUUGGCGGCAUCGUCUGCCGUCUCGACCCCGCAUUGGCUUCUGACUCGACCCCCGAAUCACCAAAAUACGUUCCUAAUAGCUAUGACAUAUACAUUCAAAGCCUCGCUCUCCUCUCCCCCUAUCGAGGCAAAGGCCUAGUAACCGCGGUUCUGAAUGUUAUCAUAGCAGCAGCAACGGCGCAGAGCGAAAUCAGGAUAGAGAGUUUAUAUGCACACGUAUGGACUGAAAAUGAGGAGGGAUUGGAGUGGUAUUCAGCACGAGGAUUCAAGCCUGAAGGAGCAGUUAUAAGUGGCUAUUAUCGACGACUGAAGCCCGAUACGGCAUACAUUUUCAGACGACGACUAACUCCUACCGAUCACUUGCAAUCAGCAUCUCUGCCGACCUUGCAGCACAGUCAAAGUGCACCUACACCAACAGUCUCGAGUUCGAAUAGUCCUGCGCCACCGAGUGAUGCCUUGAGACCGGGGCCUCCGUCAUCUGCGAGGUCGUUCCAGGAACAGGGGCCAGAGAGGGAGUGGAAUGACUUACCAGAGGAUGUUCUUAGUGCUGCGCUCCUCAAACCGGCUUCGCAGCUGGCGUCGAAAGAGGGAAGCACCACCAGCUCAAGGAGUUCUUCACAAAGUAGGACUGUCAAGGAGAAGAAGAAAAGGGUGUAUCCUGCUGCUGCUUUCCAAGGUUGAGUGGAAAGUAUGAGUUGGGAAAUUCAGCCAGCAAAGUUACCUUUGAGGGAAGCGUCUGAAUACAAGGUUGGGGCGUUGAGGGCAUACGCAGGCCAGGGAAAAAGGCAUGGGCUACGGAUCUGGGCAUUUCUUGCGUUAGGGUAGAAUAGAUAUAGACGGAGUACAGCUCCUAGCAAAUACAAGGUCAAAAGUUCUCAAUUAAGACCA